ACUCAUUUGAUUUUUAUUUAGUUCCAAGUUCUCUAGGGCUUUCUGGGUUGCCUUGCGCUUAAAAUUGAAAUCCAGAGAAAAAGAGAAGUUGCCACCAUUUCACGGGUUUAGGGUUUUAAACACUCUCACACUCUCACUCGCAAGCAAGAAACAAUGGCGCCGGGUUUCAACAUUCAGCCGUACGGCAUUCAGUCGAUGCUGAAGGAAGGUCACAAGCACCUUUCCGGCCUCGACGAAGCCGUCCUCAAGAACAUCGACGCCUGCAAGCAGCUCUCCACCAUCACCCGCACCUCCCUCGGCCCUAACGGUAUGAAUAAGAUGGUUAUAAAUCAUUUGGACAAGCUCUUUGUCACUAACGAUGCGGCCACCAUUGUCAACGAGCUUGAGGUCCAGCAUCCUGCUGCUAAGAUUUUGGUUUUGGCUGGGAAGGCUCAGCAGGAGGAGAUCGGUGACGGUGCCAAUUUGACGAUUUCCUUUGCCGGCGAGAUCCUGCAGGGCGCUGAGGAACUUAUUCGGAUGGGUCUGCACCCGAGCGAGAUCAUCAGUGGAUAUACGAAAGCAAUUAAUAAGACUAUUGAAAUAUUGGAUGAACUGGUCGAGAAGGGUUCGGAGACUAUGGAUGUCCGUGAUAAGGAGCAAGUUAUUUCUAGAAUGAGAGCAGCUGUUGCUAGCAAGCAAUAUGGUCAGGAAGACACUAUAUGCUCGCUUGUUGCUGAUGCAUGUAUACAAGUGUGUCCCAAAAACCCUGCGAACUUUAAUGUGGACAACGUCCGUGUUGCAAAGCUACUCGGAGGGGGCUUGCAUAAUAGUACUGUUGUUCGGGGAAUGGUUUUGAAAAGUGAUACUGUUGGGACCAUAAAGCGAAUCGAGAAGGCAAAGGUUGCUGUCUUUGCUGGUGGUGUUGAUACAUCUGCCACCGAAACCAAAGGAACUGUCCUCAUACAUACAGCAGAGCAGCUGGAAAAUUAUUCAAAAACUGAAGAGGCCAAAGUAGAGGAGCUCAUUAAGGCGGUUGCAGAGUCUGGUGCUAAAGUGGUUGUCAGUGGAGGAUCAGUAGGAGAGAUGGCUUUGCAUUUUUGUGAGCGAUAUAAGCUCAUGGUUUUGAAAAUCAGUUCUAAGUUUGAGCUACGUCGAUUUUGCCGGACAACGGGUGCUGUUGCAAUGUUAAAACUUGGGCAACCAAACCCAGAUGAUCUGGGAUAUGUUGAUUCUGUUUCAGUUGAGGAAAUUGGUGGUGUCAGGGUGACCAUAGUGAAAAACGAAGAAGGUGGAAACUCUGUGGCCACUGUUGUUUUACGAGGAAGUACCGACAGUAUUCUAGAUGAUCUCGAAAGAGCAGUUGAUGAUGGGGUGAACACUUACAAGGCCAUGUGCAGGGAUAGCCGAACUGUACCUGGAGCUGCAGCAACUGAAAUUGAAUUGGCUAAAAGGGUGAAGGAAUUUUCUUUCAAGGAGACAGGUUUGGAUCAGUACGCUAUAGCAAAAUUUGCUGAAAGUUUUGAAAUGAUUCCAAGAACUUUGUCUGAGAAUGCUGGGCUAAAUGCAAUGGAGAUCAUAUCUUCUCUGUAUGCGGAACAUGCCUCAGGAAAUACCAAAGUUGGCAUUGAUCUGGAAGAGGGUGUUUGUAAGGAUGUGUCAACCAUGGGGGUUUGGGAUCUACAUGUGACUAAGUUCUUUGCUCUUAAAUAUGCUGCUGAUGCUGCAUGCACUGUACUACGGGUGGAUCAGAUCAUUAUGGCAAAACCAGCUGGUGGACCAAGGAGAGAGCAACCUGCUGCCGGCAUGGAUGAUGAUUAAAUUAAUGAGAAUUUGACUAUGUUUCUUUGAUCCAUUUUGUAUUUCAUUGUGACAUGAUUUCCUUGGCAGCUUGGAUUAUAGGGCAUCUUGUUUUCUUCUGAUGUCAGUAAUGGGAUGUUACAAAUUUUGAAUUUUGAUUGUCUAAGGAAUACCAUACAAGCUUACAAAAGAUGGGGUUCUGUAAAUUUAGUUCUUACUGUCAGAUGGAUUUGUUUCGUUUUCUUGCUGUGAGCAUUAUUGCUUUGUGCUUUGUGGGACGUAUUUGAUCUUAAUUGGUUACAUUAUUUUUUGCAUGCUA